GGAUUUUCACCCUACCCCUACUGAAUCCAAUAAUUCCAAUUAUAAAAUGAGUGUUAACUGUGAAUACUCUCCGUCAUGUUUUACAAACUAGAUAAAAUUUAAUGUUGAGUUAGUAGUAUUUUAUGUUUUUUCAGUUUUUACAACACAAAUUGUUGUACAGUUCCAGUAGACAGACACAGCUGUAAGGUCAAAUAUGUGUGGUUGUAGUUCUUGUCACAACCUUUGUUCAAGGUGGCGGCUUUGGAUUAGGCCGUUGGUUUUUUUCGUCUAUGCAGCCGUUAUAUUAGGAGUUCUUCCAUAUGUUAUUUACAAAAUGGUCCAGGAUGGUGUGGACAAAUUCCAAUUUGCCUGGCUGGUUGGAGGAUUGUUUGUGUUCAUCACUAUUCCAAUUUCAUUGUGGCAAAUCACUCACCAUCUUGUGAAUUAUACAAAGCCUAAGCUACAGAAGCACAUCAUCAGAAUACUGUGGCUGGUGCCAGUAUACUCAUUAGACUCGUGGCUGGUGCUUCGGUUUCCCAGUCUAGGCCUCUACUUGGACACGGCCCGUGAGUGCUAUGAGGCGUAUGCCAUCUACAACUUCAUGAUGUUCCUUUUGCAAUUCUUGGAUCAAAUGGUUGAGCUGGAUGUUGUGUUGGACCUUAAGCCUCAAACUAAGCAUUUCUUCCCACUGUGCUGCCUCAAAACAUGGCCGAUGGGCAGAGAAUUUAUUCACCGCUGCAAACAUGGCAUCCUUCAGUAUACAGUUUUCCACUUGAUCACCACUGGCCUUGCCUUUGUUUGUGGUCUGGCAAACAUUUAUGAAGAAGGCAACUUCUCUCCCACCAACGCGUUUGUGUAUUUGUUCGUGAUCAACAACGUGUCGCAGUUUGUGGCGAUGUAUUGCUUGGUGCUCUUCUACAAGGCCAUGAAGGACGAACUCCAGCCCAUGGCGCCACUGGCUAAAUUCUUGUGCAUCAAAUGCGUUGUAUUUUUUUCCUUUUUCCAAGGUGUUGCCAUUAUGUUCCUGGCUAAGUUGGACGUCAUCAAGGAAGUGUUUGAUAACGAUGAUCUGCAACGCAUUUCAAAUGUUCUGCAGAACUUUUUGAUCUGCAUAGAGAUGUUCAUAGCGGCUGUAGCGCACCACUUUGCCUUCUCGUACAAGCCGUACAUCGACUCAGACUUUGAAGGCAGCCACUGCUGCACAGCCUUCCUCCUCAUCUGGGACGUCUCUGACGUCCGCUCUGACAUCAGAGAGCACGUUUCUGUUGUUCGCGAAGGCGUGAAGCGUCACUUGACUGGACAUCACUCUAGAAGCAGGGGCAGCGACAGCGAGGGCAUCGCAAGCUGGGGCAGCUUUAGCCGCAGCUCCAGUGGGGGAGACGAGCGCACCCGCCUGCUGGUGCCCACUCCCUCCCACCACACCGUCUACUGCGCCACUGAGGCACCCACAGCCUCACCACACUGCACUCUCAUGCCGGGAGAAGACUCUGACAGUGAUGGAGCCCCAGAGAUGUGACACCCGCGAGACCCUCAGCCCGGCACGGUGGUGUGAGGGACACAAGUCAUUUCCAUAUUAUCUAGCCCUUACACGCUAAUAUUUACCUCUAUUUCCUAAGUUAGGUAGGAAUAUCGCCAUGAAUAACAGGGGUAAUUUAUCAACAGCAGCGGUCACCGAACUACUAUCUUUCCUGUUGGUUUAACCGAGCUCAUAUUCAGGUAACGGGAAAAGCUCUUUAGGCAUUGAAAACUUGGCCGUGCAAGAUGCUUACUUAUUUGUUAUGCUUUCAGGCUCAAAAUUCUUGUAAUUUUUUAUUUAGAUAAAUCAGUUAAAGAUUUUUCAAAAUAUCUUGCGCUGUAUGUAUUCUUCAAAUAUGGAGUGGCUAUUGAAAGAAAUUAUUAGUGACAUUCGCAUUCACUUAGUGUGAAUAAUUGGCUAAAACCGGCAACCUCUUUGACGCGAUUCCAAAAGCGCAAUGGUUUAUAUGUAUAUAUAGUUUACAUACUAGUUUAUUUUCAAUUUUUCUGAUCUGAUUCAUGCGAUUGUCCCUAAUUGGGUGUAUUCAAACAUAAUUAAAAAUUGUGUAUACAUAUCGCGCUAGUUACGAAGCAUGAUUCAUAGUAACACGUCAGCUUCAACAGAAUGCUCGAAUUUUAAAUUCUUACACAUUCAGUUCCUGCAAUUGUGCGUAUCUUUUCAAUUGUUCUUAAUUUUUUCAAGCUUAUCAUACUUAUUAUAAGGCAUCGAGAAGUCAUGUUUGGCAACGACUAAGUCCGGUUCUGAAGCCUAUACCAAAGAUAUAUUGUGUAUCUAUUUGGUAUUUUUUGUACUGCCAUAGAAACCUGGUUUGUUUUAUAACCUGAUUUGUUAUAUGAAUUUCAAUAAUUCGUUGAACUUGAUAGCGGUCUAAUUUAUUUUGUAUGAGGCUUGUCUGGAAUUUUAUCUAAUUUAUCUGAAUAACUUGAAAGAAAAGCCUAUUUCUCUUGUGCAAUUUUUUCACAAAUGAGUUGGGACAUGAAUAAUUAGUUAAAUGUUAAUAAUUUGGUAAAAUUAAAUUUUGCGUGCAACAGGGCCAGGGUGCCCACACCCUUCCCCCUGUUUGCGUAAUAAUCUAUUGGAGAUCUGUUAGCCAUUUCUGUGGUGAUUAGUAUUAGUUGAAUGUUCGGAAAAAUCGUGUUCAAGUUUGAGAUGCAGGCUUUGUCAUAGUGAACAUUUUACCUACUGCGUCCACCUUAGCUGCCCUCUCCCUCUCCUCAACGUGUAUGAGGUCCUGUAAAAUUGCUUCUUGACAUUUAUUUAACAUUGAGAGUAUUUUUAUCUGCUUUAUUAUGUGAUUGUUAUGAUAAUUAUCAAAUCAAGUGGUAGCAGUUCAUGUCUUUGUUGUAGAACUAAUGCGGCACUGACAUAAUGCCUCUAAUGCAUUCCAAGUCGAUGUAUAGUGACCAUUCACAGUAUUUAUGUUAAAUCCAUUAGUAAGUAUUUUUUUGCGCUUGCCUGUAGCUCUUUUCAAUUGUCUAGACUCUUCAAUGAAGAAAUAACCUUCCAUUGUGCUUAUGUGUUCAAUUCAACUUCCUACCUACCCAUAGGGAUGUAUUUUUCUCAUGUUGUCUGGUCUGCGUUUUAUUUGUUGUUUUGUACCAAUACCAUUGUUUUUUCGGUAGUUUCUCUCGAAAUAUGCUUUCGCUUUCUUGUUGUGAAAGAGAGCUUUGCUCAAAUGUCUUCAAUGUAUUCACGUGCUGAACUUUGUCACAACUGACUAAACUUAUUCAGACAUCUGCUCAUUAAGUCGUAUUUUAAGUGUAAUCACCGAAAGCAGAUCGUAAAGCUUGCUACAUGGUGUUUGUCUUGCUUCAUUCUGUUGUUACCACGCUUAGCGAACUCUAGUGAUGUCAUGCACUACGAUUAUCGUUAGACUUAUCUCGUGUAUAUAUAUUUUAAUGCACUUACACCGAAGGAAUGUGGGAUGUCUAGUUUUGCAUUGGCAUGACACACGUUUAGAAUAUUAAGAUAUUUUAAGCAUGGUGUUCAUCAAUCAAUUAGCAUGAACCUCUGAAGCCAGACGAGAUUCCUGUUACCGAUGUCGUGUUCGUCAUAAGUAAUUAUUAUUAUAGAUAGAGUUAAGCACGUAUUGUGGAAGUUCAGGAAUAUAAGCAAGUGUCGGUAGGCGUGAGUUCCAGCAGUGUCUUAACGCUUUAUUGUGUGUAGCUCUCUUAAGCCUUCAAACCGAGCCUUCUUAUCGUGACUUGUCAUGUAGUAAAAUUUAAUACUAUCAGGCUCAGCCGAUUAAUGUACUUAUGUAGGCUUGACUACUUUAUGAAUUCUACGCACCCAGUUUGAAACUCGACAUUUUCACGCGCCUUCAAACUUAAAACCCUUGGCCGUUUCUCUUCAUAAGAACUUUUUGAUUAUCUCAAGAUGCCGUGUUACUUUUCCUGUUUAUUACGGAAGCUACCGCUCAUGUAAUUGCUUAUCGUGUCUGUGGAAUGAAUCGCGUCUGUCUUCGUUAAGAAGCGAAACGAAUUAAUAGUCCUACUUAAAAAAACACUACAAAGAAACAGAUCACUAAUUUAUUACAGUUAAAUGUGUUUUGUCAAGAAACACAAUUAAUUUAUUCUAAAUGUACGAGCUGACGUUCAGUUGAAAUUAUACACGACGUGAUUAAAUCGUUGGAGCAUUAGAUGCAGGGCACACUCGAUACUGUGGUGACAAUAGGAAGGUGCAAUCAGUUCCUAAUUAAAUAAUAUCUUGUGUUUAUUUAUAAUAGUGUUCUUAAUGAUGGUUUCUCUAAGCUUAUUUCUUAUAGUGUUGUUAAUGAUGGUUUCUCCAUUUCUUUCAAGUACUUAAAAAUCUACCGAGAGCAUCAUCUUGUCGACAUUAAUCUAACACGUGUCAGCGAGGACUUAGACAUCUCAAUUCACCGUUCAAUUCAAAUAUUUUUUCUUUCGUAGCGUCGACAAUUCUCGGUUAAUUUGAUAUGACAAUUCUAGUUCACUAAAUUUGCCGUUUUUAUAAAUCAGCUGUUACUGGAGCUUAGCACCUGUUGUAUAUCGAUACCAUUGCUCCUGAUGACCGACACUACUGAUGAUACUCGACCGGUCUGCUUCAAUAUAUACUAAGCUAGUCUCAUAACUAUAAUGUGAUAUUUGUUUUAUACUUGUGGUGAACGUGUGACCGUUUAUGUACUCAUCAAAUGCCAAGCUUCAUCCUCGAUAUUACGUUGCCAAUCAAAAAUUUAAAUCCGCUAAAAAUAAGUAUUUACACGUUAGUAAUACAAAUACUGCUUGAUUAAAUCUUAAUUGAACAUUUUUCUAAUGCAAAUUUCGUUGCGCUUAUACUUUCAUCAACAGUAAUACCGGCUCUUUUUUCGGAAUGCAUUUCGUUUUGUCGCGAUUUUUGAAGUAAUUGAAUUUUUGUCCAUGUUAUUCAAAACACUUGGCAGAAAAAGCCAAUUCAGUGAAUUUCAUUCUUCAAGUCAACGGCCUCCAUGUUUUCUUAUAAUUAUAAACCAUUUAAUAGAAAUGCACUUACACCUAAAGAUUUACCGUAAUGAUCUUGAAGAAAUAUCACUUAUAAUUCCUUCCAAGAAAUCACAGAAUCUAUUUAAAUCUUUCAUAUCUCCAGUUUUUAUGUUUAGAAUGUUUCGUAACUCCGUUGGUAAUGACUUUUUUGGGAGUAUAUUUCGUAAUUCUGUUGGUAAUGAUUUUGAGAGUAUAUAUAUAUGUUCCUGCUGUCGAUUUCUAGCUUGACUUUGAUUUUUUAUCAGCAUCUAGACUUGCAUCUUUUUCAUUGUAAUCAAUUCAUGAAUAUACCGCAGAGCUAAUUAAGAAACUUUUUCAUCUGGCGUUUGAAAGUUUUGAACAGUUGCCUGUUUUACAAACCAGAUUAUUAGUUGAUAGCCGUGAUUAAAAUAUUGAUAUACUGCCUCCUAGUACUAUACAUGUACAUACCCAGACCUGCUAGAAUAGUAAAGACUGGGCUGCUU